AUGGAUAAUAGUGCAAAUGUAGCAACUACAACAACACCAAAAAAGAAAACAAAGUUAUGUGAAAUUUGUAAUGUACAAAGACCAGUUUUAAAAAGACCAAAAACAGGACAAAUGAUUUGCAAAGAAUGUUUUUAUCAAGUAUUUGAAGACGAAAUCCAUCAUACCAUUGUAUCCAAUAAUUUAUUUAAAAGGGGCGAUAGAGUUGCUAUUGGUGCAUCUGGUGGUAAAGAUUCAACAGUUUUAGCAGAAGUUUUAACACUUUUAAAUAAAAAGUAUGACUAUGGUUUGGACUUAUUCCUUUUAUCAAUCGAUGAAGGUAUUACAGGUUACAGAGAUGACUCUUUAGAGACAGUAAAAAGAAACCAAGAGCAAUAUCAAAUUCCAUUAAAAAUUUUAUCAUACAAAGAAUUAUAUAAUUGGACCAUGGAUGAGAUUGUUAAAGAAAUUGGAUUAAAAGGAAAUUGCACAUUUUGCGGUGUAUUCAGAAGACAAGCUUUGGAUCGUGGUGCAGUAAUUUUAAAAGCAAAUAAAAUCGUAACUGGUCACAAUGCCGAUGAUAUAGCAGAAACUGUUUUAAUGAAUUUAUUACGUGGUGAUAUUCCAAGAUUACAAAGAUGUGUUUAUAUUAUUACAGGUAGCGAAGGUGCACUACCAAGAAGUAAACCAUUUAAAUACACCUAUCAAAAAGAAAUUGUUAUGUAUGCAUAUUUUAAAAAAUUAGAUUAUUUUUCAACAGAAUGUAUUUAUGCACCAAAUGCUUAUAGAGGACAUGCUAGGGAUUUCUUAAAGGAUUUAGAGGCAGUUAGACCAUCAAUCAUUAUCGAUAUCAUUCAUUCAGCUGAAAAUUUCCAUUUUAGAGAAGAAAAUAAAAUGCCAGUUCAAAGAAAUUGUACCCAAUGUGGUUAUAUUUGUUCAAACGAUAUUUGUAUGGCUUGCGAUUUAUUAAAAAAUUUAAAUAGUGGUUUAGCAAAAGUUAAAUUAUCAAUAAAUUUAAAAAGAAAAGAUAAGGAUCAACAAGUUUUAGAUAAUAGCAACAACAACAACAACAAUAAUAAUAAUAAUACAAACACAUUUAACAACAAUUUAAAAUCAACUUUAGAAAUUAAAACAAAUAAUUAA